UCAAAAUGGCGGUUGUUUGACAGGUGAUUUGGUUUUCGGCAACAAUAAAAAAUUACCACUGCGUUUUUAUGAUUAUUGAUAAUCGUUUGUUCAGAUUUUUGGUCUCUUUUUUUUAUAAUAAAUGGAUUUAAAGUGCAAUAGAUUGUUUUGAGAUUCAGAAGAGAAGUUGAGAAAAAAAAUCGUUUGGAAAAAGCGAAAAAGAAGAUGUCGAACUUAAUGAAUAAUUCGCAGGAAGAGACAAAAUUAAAGAACGUUUCUUCGGAAUUCGAAUCGUUAAAAAUUUCCGUUUUGCAAAAAGCGCGACGUGUUUCGCUUGGAAAUUCGAAUCAAGUGACAAUUGGUCCGAAUUCGACAUUUUCCUACGACGAUCUCAAUGAAUCGGAGAAAAAGGAAAAUAGCCAAAAUUCCUGCAAUAUUUUGGAAACUGAAAAGAGUAAAACUCCAUUAGAAAAUCAUGUUUCAACAAGAAGUGGAAUUACUUUUUCAAUCAAGAAAAUUCUCUACGAAAAUGAACUUCAACGAAAGGAAAAAGUUCGACAAAAGGUGCGCAAACGAAUGGAGGAAAUGGAACGUUCGCUGAGCGCGUCAAGGAAGGAAAUUAAAAUUUAUCAUUCGAUAUUGUCGGUUCAACGUGAGCAAGAGAGGAAAGAUGAACUCGCACGUUUUGAGGCCGAGGAGGAGAUGAAGGCGCAACAAACGGAAGUGAGACGUAAACACGAACAACAAUUAUUGGCGCAACGUAUCAAGGAGCAAAAGGAGAAACUCGAACGCGACGCUGAGGAGCAAAGGAAAAAGGCCAAGGAACAAGAGGAAAUGUUAUUGAUACAAAAUAAUUUUCACGAAAAUUGUCGUGAUUUUGAAACACUGACAAAUACUUGUAAGGAGAAAUACAUGAUCGAGCCGUAUAUUGAGAAAAUUCACGAAUUUCGCAGUCAUAUGGAGACAAUUGGCAGUGCAGCAAGGGCUGGACGAUUGACAGUCACGGAUUUUGAAUUCGCAAAAAUCACCGUUCAAAAUAUUGAGGAAGUUUUGCGUCAUUUUAAAAUUGAAAUUGAACGAAUCAAUGCGAUGCAUGAUGCGAGAAUCGCGCAAAGAGAACAGGAAUUAAGGGAAGCUGAGCAAUUGCAAUUGAGGGAAAGUAUUCAGUUAGAGGAAAGUCAGCAAAAUAAUAUUAUUAUUCCCGAAUCGCCGGGCGUCGAAGUCACAGACUCGGGAAUUGUUCCAGUUGAAGCAGAAGCAGCAGAAGCCCCUUCAACUAAUACGGAAAACGAAUCUAACAUUGAACUCUACAAGUUUAUCGACAAGGAAUCGUUGCAAAUAUUUGUCGAGAGCGAUGAAUUUGUGAAUAGUUGCAAAGAAAAAUAUGAGACCUACAUUAAGAGCAAUGAGGGUAAACAAUUUCGAUCGCAGAGUCAGAAGAAAAUUAUAAAUCCAAUAAAUGCUCUUUCACUGCAGAGUAAAGAAUUUUUUAGAGAUCAAUACGAGAGGCUGAGAUUCGUAUUGUCUGGUAAUUUAUCCGCGGAUCCAAGAGCUGAUGCUUAUAUUAAAAAUACACUCGCCACUCAAAUAAUCAGUCAAGGGGAGAAUGUGGUGUCGAGUAAACCGGAGGCAGCGUUCCCGAUAGCCGCGAUUGCAGUCGCAUUAUGGAAUGAAUCGCCUGAAUUUGGUGAAUUAUUAUUGGCGAAUUUUCGCGUGAAAUGUCCAUUCAUCGUGCCGACAUUUUUUCCACGACUCACCGGACAAACGGACAUGGAAUAUUAUAAAUCGUUGGGCUACAAGUACAGUGAUGACGGAACAGUUGAGGAUCAUUUGAAAUUUUUGAAACGCAUCACUGGCCUUAUGAGACUUUAUUCGUCAAUUAUCGUCACGAGGCAAAGACAAGGAGUAACGCAACAUCAUCCCCAUGGCUUGCAAUUCGCUUGGAGGUGGCUUGCGGCAAUGCUCAAUAACGAACCGCAAACACAAUUUUCGGAUAUUUAUGCAACGUUAAUUGUCGUUAUUUUGGAAGUGACUGGUCAUUAUUUAUGGACGGCGUAUCCGAAACAAUUUCCAAAAAUGUUGUCAUUAAUGAUAACUGAUUAUUAUCCGAUUAUUAGCAAAAUACGUGGGAUCAAUGACGGUCCACUAGAUCGUUUGGAGGAAUUUUUAAAGCAAUGUCUCACUACGAAAACAAUACCACCGCCAAAAGGUGAACUUCCUCCGAAUUAUUGGUAAAAAAUAGUAAUAAUAGAAAAUCUUGUUAAAAUUAGUUUUGAUUUGUAUAAAUAUCUUCAAUUUUUUGCAAUUCCAAAGGCAAAAUUAUAUUUUAAUUCAUUCUUGUUAUAUUAAAUUGAU